AUGGCGUCAUUCAAACCUACAGUUGUGAUCGACAAUGGUACUGGAUAUACUAAAAUGGGAUAUGCGGGUAAUGCUGAACCCAGUUACAUUAUUCCGUCAACAAUAGCUGUGAGUGGGAGUAAUGAUUCAAGUACGGUGCGUAGUCGUCAGGGGAUCGAUGAUUUGGACUUUUACAUUGGUAAAGAGGCUCUGGACCACGCCACGACGCAUCAAGUUAAUUAUCCAAUUGCUCAGGGAAUUAUCCAGAAUUGGGAUAAUAUGGAAAAGCUCUGGCAACGUUGUAUUUUUCAGCAUAUGCGCUGCGAACCAGAGGAACAUUAUAUGCUGUUAACGGAGCCCCCUUUGAAUCCGCCAGAGAAUCGAGAAGCUACAGCUGAAAUUAUGUUUGAGACCUUCAAUGUUCCGGGACUUUAUAUUGCAGUACAAGCGGUGCUGGCUCUGUAUGCUUCGUGGCCUAAGAUUAAAGAUCCUAGUCAACGGUCGUUGACUGGGACAGUCAUUGACUCGGGAGAUGGAGUCACGCACGUUAUUCCUGUCUCGGAUGGCUACGUGAUUGGAAGCUGCAUUCGUCACAUUCCGUUGGCUGGACGUGAUGUGACGCAUUUUAUUCAAAAGAUGCUUCGUGACCGAGGUGAGAUGGUCCCUCCCGAGGAAUCACUUGAAGUGGCCAAACGUGUCAAGGAGGCACAUAGCUACGUGUGCUCAGAUCUAGUCAAAGAAUUCAAAAAGUACGACACUAAGCCUGAAAAGUACUUUAUGAAGUACUCGGACUUGCACCCACGUACUAAGCAGCCAUGGGAGAUUGAUGUGGGAUACGAACGCUUCUUGGCACCUGAGAUUUUCUUCAAUCCCGAGAUCUUUUCGACGGAUUUUACGACACCAUUGCCGAAUGUUGUGGAUGAAGCAAUCUUGAAGUGUCCAAUUGACACGCGGCGUGGAUUGUACAAGAACAUUGUGCUGUCGGGAGGUAGUACCAUGUUUAAGGAUUUUGGCCGUCGUCUGCAGCGUGACAUCAAGCGUCUCGCUGACGACCGACAGGCGGCUAACCUCGCUCUGCACUCCAAGUUCCAUCAAGCACAUGCUGAAGCUCUCGAAGUCAAUGUACUAUCGCACCGCAUGCAGCGUUUUGCGGUUUGGUUUGGAGGUAGUAUGGUUGCUUCCACUCCCGACUUUUUUCGUGUUUGCCACACAAAGGCACAGUACGAGGAGGAAGGUCCGCGCAUUGCGCGCCACAACCCUGUGUUUAAUGCCACCAUGUAA